AUGUCUGUCCAUACAUAUAAAAGUAAUGUUUCUCAAGGUGUUGUUUCACGUCCAAAUUCAUCACAAAAUUCACAAUUAUCGUCAUAUCAACAUACAUCUCAUCAUCAUCAUUCAUCUCAGCAUCAUCAUUCAUCUCAACAUCAUAAUUUGUCGCAACAUCAACAAUUAUCUUUACAUCCACCAUCCAAUGAAACAUCCAGCUAUUUUGGACCUGUGCGUUCGUCUCCAUCACUUAGUAAGUACUCCUAUUUUUCAUCGAAACUAAAAAUUUCUGAGUGAUGGAGACGAACGCACAGGUCCAAAAUAGCUGG